AUGACCACGCCAGAAAGUCCAAUCGACCAAUCCGCGCAAUCUUCAAUGGAGCUUGACGAGAGUGGACAGACUUUAUUCGAGGCGAUAUUACACCCAAAUAGUGCAAUAGAAACUGUAGUCUCCGAUUGGGUUGAAGCCUAUACGACUAGUGCCGACGCAGCUUUACCUGUCAUUAUCAAUUUUAUUAUUCGAUCAUGUGGUUGUAAUAGGUCAGUAAGUGCAGAUGUUCAUGUCGACGACGAUGAAAUAGUUAAGACGCUAGAAGAACUACAAGAAGCUUUCGAUAAAGAGACAAUGUCAGACUAUCCUCUUGUUUCUAAAUCAAGAGACUUUAAAAAAUUCCGUAAAAGCCUACUAGAAUUUUUCCAUCGUUUGAUAAAGCAAGUAAAGCAUUCUAUACUUUAUGACGACGUUUUUUGCGAACGAUUGCAAGCAUGGAUUAUGGCUAUGUCAAGGCAUACUGCGACGACCAUUGCUCUUGCACUAAUGACAGUUUUAUGUGAGACUGCGCAAGAGAUACAAAGUGAAUUUAAUAUUGCUAGACGACAAUUGAUAACAGAACAAAACAAGAACAAGGGAGCGCGUAAUACGAGGAAUAAAGAUAGAAUAAGCAGUUUGCAAGCACAAACCAAGGAAUUAGAAGAUAAGAAAAAUCAAUUGGAUAAUUUUCUUGGAGCCUUCUUUGAUGGAUACCGAGACGUUGAAGCUGUUAUAAGGGCGGAAUGUAUUAGAGAAAUGGGUUUGUGGAUAACUAAGUAUCCGGACAGGUUUCUAGACGACAUUUAUCUGAGAUAUCUGGGAUGGCAGCUGUCUGAUAAAUCACCGUCUACACGAACAGAAGCCAUCAAGUCACUUUCUCGCGUCUAUGCGAAUGAGACUUUCAUAAGAAACCUUCGCCAUUUUACAGAAAGAUUUAAGAGCAGGUUGUUGGAAAUGGCGUUGAGAGAGUCAGAUAUCAACGUCCGAAUACCUAGCAUUCAGCUUCUGACUCAAAUUUCUAAAGCAGGGCUAUUUGAGGACGAAGACCGAGCAAAAUUUGCACUAUUGAUAUAUUCGGACAAUUCCAAAGUUAGAAAGGCUGUGGCCACUUUCAUAAUGAGCACGUUACAAGAGGACUAUAUUGAUAUAGGGUUAGAGAGAGUACGAAAUGCUGCUAAUGAAGGAUCGACUAGGAGGAAGAAGGCAUCAGCAAGUGCUAAAAAUAUAAAAGAGGAUUGGGUGAAGUUUAAGUGUUUUGCCGAAUUUCUGGUCAAGUGUGGAGCUGAAAUUAAGAAUGAGCGAUUGUCUGUGGAAGAGGAUCGAAUGGAAGAUGAGAACGAGCCUGAGACGAAUGCUAAUCAUGAAGAUGCUGCAAUCACACAACGUAUCGGGGGAGGGAAGAAGAGUAGAAUUGGAUUAGCAGUACACGAUCUCUGGAGUGAAUUGAGUUUACUACAUGAUUGGAAGAGUUUAGCCGAAUAUUUAUCCAAAGAUCAUUCAUUGAGGUCAGGUGGUAGAUUAUCGAGACAAUCGGGCAAUGAAACAGCUCCUAGUGAUCCUAUUGAAGAAGGAUACCGGCUUAGUGAAGAAGAAGAGACAGUUCUCGUUGAAGUACUGGUUGCAUGUCUGAAGCUGCUCGUGACUGAAGUGACUAAUGUCAAGGAUAAGAAAGAUGCUGAGACGCAACUUGAGCAAACGCGCGGAGAAAUAUCACGAACAAUGGCCAAGCUUUUACCGCGUUUACUGACGAAAUAUGCACCAGACGCUGGUCGUAUAGCAGAGGUACUCCAGAUUCCGUCGAUAAUGGGUGUCGAGGUGUACAUGGAUUUGAGAAUGAACAAGGCAUUCUCGUCUCUUGUGGAUGAUAUCAAGAAGCUUUUUCUCAAGCAUACGCAUCCUUUGGUCCUUGCGCAUGCUGCUGAAGCAAUUCGACAUAUCAUGCAGUAUGAAAAUUUUGCUUCAUUAAUCGAGACGACUCUAAGCGAAUUACAGGAGGAAGUAGUAAGAAACUUUAGAGAGGAAUGCGAAACUAAUAGUUUAGCCGAUGGUCAUCUCUCGAACGAUCAAGUUCACGCUAUAGGGGCUGCCUUGUAUCGACUAGAGCAACUAAUAAGCGUUAUUAAUGUGGUCGAAUCAAUCGAGGAAGGAGAAGACGAUAAAGAUGUGUUAACCUUGGUGGUGACUCUGGCAAAGCGAGGGUUAUUAAGUAUUCCCGAAGAGGAAAAGCUUGUUCUAUCAUCGAUUAAUUUCCUCUGGCAUUAUAUUCUGUGGAAAGUUAAUAAUGUAUUUCCAAGUGAGACCGAAAGCGAAGAUAUUGAUAUAAGUACCGAGAUCGCCGAAAAUCUAAUGAAGAAAAGAGAUAAUAUAAUUGAAGCCUUAUCUGAGCUGGUAUUAGAUGAAGCAGUAUCUUCAAAUAUCAGGAGAAACGCAUUCAUAAACACAUGCAAUAUUUAUUGGCUGUUUUCUAGUGAUAUAUUUUACUCAUCAGAUAAUAAUAAUGUUACGCGGUUACGACUGACUUGCCCGUCACAGGUGCAACGACUCUUUGCACAAUACGUUGAGAAGGAGCUAGAAAGGCUUCGUGGGUUAGUGGAUGCUGCCAUAAUACAUGCGUCUGAGGAGAUAGCAAAUGACAUGGAUGAGGAGGAAGAAGAUCAGGUUGUAGAAAAAAGAACAAAAACUACCAAAAAGGAUCUUGAUGCAAUAAUAAGCCUCGAUUUAAAAUAUAGCAUAAUGGAGACGGCUGGAUCGUUAUUACGAGCUACUAGAAUAGGUGUAUUUAAUGCCGAUUACACAGCAACUGUCGUAUGUCAGUAUGGCCGAUUUGGUAAUGACGUAGAUGAGCUCAUUCGAAAAGUGGUGCAGGAAUUCAAAGAGCGUGCUAUAGAAGAAGGAUCGUCUAUACUAUGUCGCGUUUGUAUUGAUUCGAUGCAAAAGUCAUUCGAGCUCUAUAUCGACGACAAAGCCUCAUCCAUGGAGUCUACGAAUCUGCUUGCUCGCGUAUUUACACAUGCUUUACAACUACGUGAUAUAUACGAUAGUACACCACGAAGAGACUCUGAACACAUUACAUAUAUGCAUCUUCAAGCCAUUCAAUUUAUAACAUCAAAGAUGGUGGAAUUCAACAAUGCAGAAGACCGUAAAGCAACCAAAGUAAUCAAAUAUUUCAAGCCGUUAACACUACUGUUGGGAGGCAUCAAAAGCGCUGAUGCCACAAGAAUAAAUUCCAAAUUACAAGAGGAAUUUCAAAACAAAGGUCUGUCUAUACCCGAAAAUGAAAGAGAUUGGGAACCGUACUAUUCUUAUACACAAAAACUACACAAGAUCAUGGGUAAAGUCACAGAAACUUCAAGAAUACUAAUGGAUAUCGAGAUAAGAAAUGCGAGAAAAAGAAGGCGGCCUGUGCGUGAAGAGCGACAUGACCUUGAGGAACUUGUAGAUGCGCAAACUCCAAAUAAGCAGUCAAAGACCAAGUAA